AUGCGCGUGCGAUUGUGCUUUUGUGGCUGCGCGCUGGCGCUGUCGAACAUUGCCAUUGUCACCGCUGGGCAACAGGCCGGUACUUCCCCUCUUGCCCCAAAAGCCCGGCAUCAAACCCUGACACCAGUUCUAGCGAGACGUUUCCCACGAGAUGAGUCCGACAGUCCCUCCUCAGGCUCCUCCAUAACUCCCCUGUCCCCACCCUAUACCAACUCCUCGACUUUGUCUUCGACCUUGUCCUCGACUCUAUCCUCGACUCUGUCCUCGACUCUAUCCUCGACUCUGUCCUCCACUCUAUCCUCGACUCUAUCCUCCACUCUAUCCUCGACUCUGUCCUCGACUCUAUCCUCGACUCUGUCCUCGACUCUAUCCUCGACUCUGUCCUCGACUCUAUCCUCGACUCUGUCCUCGACUCUAUCCUCGACUCUGUCCUCGACUCUAUCCUCGACUCUGUCCUCGACUCUAUCCUCGACUCUGUCCUCGACUCUAUCCUCGACUCUGUCCUCGACUCUAUCCUCGACUCUGUCCUCGACUCUAUCCUCGACUCUGUCCUCGACUCUAUCCUCGACUCUGUCCUCGACUCUAUCCUCGACUCUGUCCUCGACUCUAUCCUCGACUCUGUCCUCGACUCUAUCCUCGACUCUGUCCUCCACUCUAUCCUCGACUCUAUCCUCCACUCUAUCCUCGACUCUGUCCUCGACUCUAUCCUCGACUCUGUCCUCGACUCUAUCCUCGACUCUAUCCUCCACUCUGUCCUCCACUCUGUCCUCCACUCUGUCCUCCACUCUGUCCUCCACUCUGUCCUCCACUCUGUCCUCCACUCUGUCCUCCACUCUGUCCUCCACUCUGCCCUCGACCUUGUCCUCGACAAUCUCCGCGACCUCGUCCUCGACUCUGUCCUCGGCAAUCUCCUCGACCUUGUCCGCAACAGUAACCUCGACGACCUCCCUGACGGCGUCAACAGUCAGUGACAGUUCAAACACGAACGAUACUACAAGCUUAACUCCAACAUCAAGUCAACCGACAGAUACAUCGUACACAACUUCCCAAAACUUCUCGACGACAGGUAGUUAUUCAGAAGAUGGUGUCUCCACCAUGGCCCCUAAACCAAACAUUACGCUGUCGGACAGCUUCAACAGCAACAGUACCAAUCUCCCCUCAAGUCUACCAUCCUCAACAAACGACACCAUCACCGCCUCAGACUGUUCAGGAGUAAUAACACUGCAAUCUACGCCGGUCGAGAUUGUAACAGAGACCCUCACCGAGUCGUUUACAGUCACCGUGACUGCCACCGAUCAAACCAUUACCACCCCACCAAUCGAGACUCCAUUACCUCCUUGCGUAACUAGAUUUUCGACACUAUUGUCUAUAUCAUCAUCGGGGGACCAAGGUAACAACAAUAACAAUAACUCGGCAAAACAGGGCACUGAAACGUUCACAGAAGCUGAUUUUACCAGUACUAGCGCACUAUCAGUGGCCCCGCCACCAGGGCAAACCCUUCCAACCCCUCAAUGGCAAACUCCUCCAGGCAAAACCCCUCCAACUCCACGUCCAACCACUCAAGGGAAACCCUCUCCAGGGAAAACCCCUCCACCUCCAGAGCAAAGCCGUCCGCCUUUUACUUCGACAAUUUACGUAACCAGCAGGAUUCCUGUGCCAUACACGCCAAUCCCAAUUGGACCACAAUUUCAGCGUCCCCCUGAUCCGCACGGCAUAACUGAUCCUACACCAACAGCUCCACCAGAUUUUAGUCCCAACAAGGAGAACGACAACAAUAACAAUAAUGGCCAGGAUAACAACAAUCCCACCAAUGAAAAUAACAACAACAAUGGUCAGAACGAUAACAACCAGAACGACAACAACCGGAACGACAACAACCGGAACGACAACAACCAGAACGAUAACAACCAGAACGAUAACAGUCAGAACGAUAACAAUCAAGAUGGUGGAAAUUCAAGUCCUGGAAUUGGUGGUAUCAUCGCCUCAAUCAUUAAUCAGUCAUGGAUGCCCAGGCCAGCUCCCACAAACCCCACAAACAAUGAAAACCCCUCCAGCCCGGCCCCAGGUUCAUCUGCAGGGAAACAGAAUCCAGAGAACCCUGCACCUGUCAACCCUGGCGCUGUUAUCUCCAAUAUAAUGAAAAUGAACACGGCACUAGCGCCAGUAUCUCCUCCAGCUCCAACAGCGCCGCCGGGGCAGUCAGGUGUGCCCGGUCAGUCGGGCCAGUCAGGACAACCUGAUCAGUCAAACCCAAACAUUCCCAUUGUCAUCUACCCGUCAGACGUUGUCAUUGGAAAUCAGGUGGUUCCCAUACCUCCGCCGUCUGGGCAGCCUAAGGUUGUGGUUGUGAACGGCCAGUCCUACACAGUAGCAGCAUCCGAAGUCGUUGGCCCUCAAACCAUUGUACCUCUGCCGAAUGCUAGUGGUUCUUCUCAGAUACUGCCAGCCCCAGUUGUGAUUGGUGGUGUCCCUGUUGUAGUCGAUGGGACCAGCCACGCAAUCAUCUCUGGACAGACCUAUGCUAUUGGAUCCUCUGCAGAACCUACCACAAUUGUGGUCAAUGGACAGACGAUCAGCAUUGGAUCUAACGGAGUAGGCUUCGCCUCAACAACCUUGGCGGGCUCGGAGUUCAGGAGCACGGCGAUCGCUGGCGUUAGCAUCGGCGUAGGUGCCUCAGCGGUUGUUAUCUCAGGCACCACAUACAAUAUUGGUCCCACUGCCACUCCCACCACGGUUGUGGUGAACGGUCAGACUGUCAGUAUCGGCUCUGGCGGAGUAGGAUUUGCGUCGAUCACCUUACAAGGCUCCAGCUUUACUACCACAGUGGUCGGCGGUCUCACUUUGGGUAUUGAGCCCUCUCAAGUUGUGAUAUCUGGCACAACCUAUCAAAUUGGGCCUUCCGCAACCCCAACCACAAUCGUGGUGAAUGGUGAGACUAUUAGUAUAGGACCGAGUGGAGCCGGAUUCGCGUCAACCACCCUCCGCGGCUCUAGCUUGACUACGACAGCAGUCGGUGGUAUCACUCUUGGAAUUGGAGCGUCUCAAGUUGUUAUCUCUGGGACAACCUACAGUAUCGGCCCCUCUGCAACCGCGACAACCAUUGUGGUAAAUGGGGAGACCAUAAGCAUCGGACCAAGCGGUAUCGGCUUCGCUUCAACUACUCUCCAGGGCUCUGGCUUGACUACUACUACGGCCGUUGGUGGUAUCACCAUUGGAAUUGGAGCGUCGCAGGUUGUCAUAUCUGGUACAACCUAUAAUAUCGGCCCUUCUGCAACUCCAACAACUAUCGUUGUAAAUGGAGAGACCAUAAGCAUAGGACCGAGCGGUAUCGGCUUCGCCUCGACCACCAUUUCAGCCGCAGGAGCAACAGCAACAUCGACUGCGCGAAGAACAUCAGCAUCCACGCUUCCAUCACGAACCGGUGCUGAGUCAUCCUCCUCAACAGCAUUAAGUGGUGGCCCUCCUCCGACCGGUACCGUCCUCGGCUCCAUCACGCCUUUACUGCUCGCUGGUGUAAUCGCUUUAUUCCUUCUAUGA